GGGAGGCGUGGGCGCCGCCGCCUGCGCCUGACAAAGGGCCCGGCGGGGCCCGGCCGGCGCCAUGGCGAUCCCCAUGGUGCCCAUGGAGACGCAGCUGCAGAGCAUCUUCGAGGAGGUGGUGAAAACAGAAGUAAUUGAAGAAGCUUUUCCUGGGAUGUUUAUGGACACUCCUGAAGAUGAGAGAACCAAACUGAUCAGCUGCCUGGGAGCUUUUAGACAGUUCUGGAGCAGUCUUUCCCAGGAGUCCCAUGAACAGUGUGUCCAGUGGAUUGUAAGAUUCAUACAUAGCCAACAUAGUCCUAAAAGAAUUUCUUUUCUUUAUGACUGCCUAGCAAUGGCAGUAGAAACUGGACUUUUGCCUCCCAGGAUGGUGUGUGAAUCUCUGAUAAACUCCGAUACACUGGAGUGGGAAAGGACUCAGCUGUGGGCAUUAACAUUCAAGUUGGUUCGGAAGAUUAUUGGAGGUGUAGACUACAAGGGUGUGCGUGAUCUGCUGAAAGUCAUCCUAGAGAAAAUCCUAACAAUUCCAAACACUGUGAGCUCAGCUGUUGUACAGCAACUUUUAGCAGCAAGAGAGGUGGUAGCCUACAUCUUGGAAAGAAAUGCUUGUUUGCUGCCUGCCUACUUUGCAGUCACAGAAAUCAGAAAACUAUAUCCUGAAGGAAAACUUCCCCACUGGUUACUAGGUAAUUUAGUAUCAGAUUUUGUGGAUACCUUCAGACCUACAGCAAGAAUAAAUUCUAUUUGUGGUCGCUGCAGUCUCCUUCCUGUGGUAAAUAACUCUGGUGCCAUGUGUAACUCAUGGAAGCUGGAUCCUACAACCCUCCGUUUUCCUUUGAAAGGUCUCUUACCAUAUGAUAAGGAUCUGUUUGAGCCACAGACUGCUUUGUUGAGAUAUGUGCUGGAGCAACCGUAUUCAAGGGAUAUGGUCUGCAAUAUGCUAGGUCUGAAUAAGCAGACCUUGAACAUUGCUCAGCACAAGCAACGUUGCCCUGUGCUGGAGGACCAGCUGGUGGAUCUUGUGGUGUAUGCCAUGGAACGGUCUGAAACUGAAGAGAAGUUUGAUGAUGGUGGAACCAGUCAGCUUCUGUGGCAGCAUCUCUCCAGCCAGCUCAUUUUCUUUGUGCUCUUUCAGUUUGCAAGUUUUCCUCAUAUGGUCCUGUCACUCCAUCAAAAGUUGGCAGGCCGUGGUCUCAUUAAGGGGAGAGACCACCUCAUGUGGGUGCUACUCCAAUUCAUCUCUGGCAGCAUCCAGAAGAAUGCACUGGCUGACUUCCUCCCAGUUAUGAAGCUGUUUGACCUCCUGUAUCCUGAGAAAGAAUAUAUUCCUGUACCUGACAUUAACAAACCCCAGUCAACUCACGCUUUUGCAAUGACCUGCAUUUGGAUUCAUCUGAACCGGAAGGCCCACAGUGACAACUCCAAGUUGCAGAUUCCCAUUCCUCAUUCUCUUAAGCUUCACCAUGAGUUUUUGCAACAGAGCUUAAGGAAUAAAAGCUUACAGAUGAAUGACUACAAAAUUGCCUUGUUGUGCAAUGCUUACUCAACCAAUUCAGAGUGUUUCACUUUGCCAAUGGGUGUGCUAGUAGAGACUAUUUAUGGAAAUGGCAACAUGAGGACACCUCUUCCAGGGACUAAUUGCAUGGCAUCAGGGUCUAUCACCCCAUUGCCAAUGAACCUCUUGGACUCACUCACAGUUCAUGCCAAAAUGAGUCUGAUUCACAGCAUAGCUACAAGGGUAAUUAAGCUGGCUCAUGCAAAAUCUAGUGUGGCCUUGGCUCCUGCUCUUGUGGAAACCUACAGUCGCCUGUUGGUUUAUAUGGAAAUAGAAUCCUUGGGCAUCAAAGGCUUUAUCAGUCAGCUCCUGCCAACAGUGUUCAAAUCUCACGCGUGGGGAAUUUUGCAUACUCUGCUGGAAAUGUUUAGCUAUCGGAUGCAUCACAUCCAGCCUCAUUACAGAGUCCAGCUCCUUAGCCAUCUUCAUUCCUUGGCUGCUGUGCCACAAACUAAUCAGAACCAGCUCCAUCUCUGUGUUGAGAGUACUGCUCUAAGGCUAAUCACAGCGUUGGGCAGCUCGGAAGUCCAACCGCAGUUCACACGCUUCCUCAAUGAUCCCAAAACAGUUCUUUCAGCAGAAUCAGAAGAACUCAACAGGGCUUUGAUCUUAACUCUGGCAAGGGCAACACAUGUGACAGACUUUUUCACAGGCUCUGAUUCAAUUCAGGGAACUUGGUGCAAGGACAUACUGCAAACUAUCAUGAGUUUCACGCCUCAUAACUGGGCAUCACAUACACUAAGCUGUUUUCCAGCGCCUCUGCAGGUGUUCUUCAAGCAGAACAACGUGCCUCAGGAAAGCCGUUUUAAUCUGAAGAAGAAUGUGGAAGAAGAAUACCGGAAGUGGAAGUCGAUGACCAGUGAGAAUGAAAUAAUCACACACUUCUCUGCUCAAGGUUCAUCCCCACUUUUCCUUUGUCUCCUGUGGAAGAUGUUGUUAGACACUGAUCACAUUAAUCAAAUUGGUUACAGAGUGUUAGAAAGAAUUGGGGCCAGAGCUCUGGUGGCACAUGUCAGGACAUUUGCAGAUUUUUUGGUGUAUGAAUUCUCUACAUCUGCAGGAGGACAGCAGCUCAAUAAAUGUAUUGAGAUUCUCAAUGACAUGGUGUGGAAAUACAAUAUUGUAACACUGGAUAGGUUGAUACUCUGUUUGGCUAUGCGUAGUCAUGAAGGAAAUGAAGCUCAAGUUUGUUACUUCAUAAUCCAAUUACUCUUACUGAAGCCUAAUGAUUUCAGAAACAGAGUGAGUGAUUUUGUGAAGGAGAAUUCUCCGGAACACUGGCUGCAGAAUGACUGGCAUACAAAGCAUAUGAGUUACCACAAGAAAUACCCUGAAAAGCUGUAUUUUGAAGGUUUGGCAGAGCAGGUGAAUCCCCCAGUUCAGAUCCAGCCCCAGUACUUGCCAAUUUAUUUUGGAAAUGUAUGCCUGCGCUUUCUGCCAGUGUUUGACAUUGUAAUUCAUCGAUUUCUGGAAUUGCUUCCAGUGUCCAAAUCACUAGAAACUUUAUUGGAUCAUCUGGGAGGUUUAUACAAAUUCCAUGACCGACCAGUGACCUACCUGUACAACACUCUUCACUAUUAUGAGGGGCAUUUGAGAGAGCGCACAAACCUCAAGAGAAAACUUGUUCAUGCCAUAAUUGGCUCUCUCAAAGAUAAUCGUCCACCAGGCUGGUGUCUGAGUGAUACUUACCUCAAAUGUGCCAUGAAUCCUCGAGAAGAGAACCCAUGGGUUCCUGAUGACGCUUACUAUUGCAAGCUUAUUGGAAGACUAGUGGACACUAUGGCAGGCAAAUCCCCUGGUCCAUUUCCAAACUGUGACUGGAGAUUCAAUGAAUUUCCUAACCCAGCUGCCCAUGCUCUGCACGUUACCUGUGUUGAGCUCAUGGCUCUGGCUGUUCCAGGGAAGGAGGUGGGCAAUGCUCUGCUGAAUGUUGUGCUGAAGAGUCAGCCCCUGGUGCCAAGAGAGAACAUCACGGCUUGGAUGAAUGCAAUUGGACUGAUUAUCACAGCCUUACCAGAACCAUACUGGAUUGUUCUCCAUGAUUGCAUUGUGAAUGUCAUCAACAGUCCCAGCUUGACAUCAGAGACAGAGUGGGUUGGUUACCCAUUCCAGCUGUUUGACUUCACAGCGUGUCACCAGUCUUACUCUGAGAUGAGUUGCAGCUACACUUUGGCUUUGGCACAUGCAGUCUGGCAUCAUUCCAGCAUUGGACAGCUUUCUCUCAUUCCUAAGUUCCUCACAGAAGCUUUGAUACCCAUUGUGAAAACAGAGUUCCAGUUGCUCUAUGUUUACCACCUUGUUGGCCCUUUCCUGCAACGGUUCCAGCAGGAGAGGACACGGUGCAUGAUAGAGAUUGGAGUGGCAUUUUAUGAAAUGCUCCUGAAUGCAGAUCGGUACAGCUCCCACCUGAACUACAUGGAUCCCAUUUGUGAUUUCUUGUAUCAUAUGAAAUACAUGUUUACAGGUGACAGUGUGAAAGACCAAGUUGAGAAGAUAAUUUGUAACUUAAGACCAGCUCUGAAACUUCGGCUGCGCUUCAUAACGCACAUCAGCAAAAUGGAGCAGGCAGCUGUUUCCCAGCAGCCUCUCAGCAAUGGGUCCCCAGCACAGCAGCCCAGCCAAGUGCCCGUCAACGUGGCCUUGCCAGUGACCCAGUGAGAUGAGCUGCUGGGCCCUGCAGUGAGGGCUCCCUGCUCUUACUGACUGAAGGCAAGCAGCAUCUCAUCUGAAAUCUGGGAUGCUUUAUGGAAGGACUGAGAACCACACACAGACUUCUGCUUUGAUUUUUUUGCAUCAUGAAGCUGCCUAGCUCUGUGCAUGCCAGUCUUCUUAGCUAUUUAUGCUAGACACUAGAUAAGGGAUAUGUUGCCUUUCUCUGAAAGCACUGACUAAAGAUACUCUGCAAGCAAAUACAUGGAUUUAUGAAGAGUUUACCAUAUUCUGCUCCCUAUCCUGGGUUGAGUCAUCUGGAUUUUUCCUUUUUUCUGCCUGUGAUAUGAAAAGACACUCAUUGUGUGUAAAACAGCCUUUUAAAAUUUGGGUUCUGCCUUAUUAAAAAUUUAUAUUUUUUCAUCCAACAGAAGAAUUUAAAUCCUUUUUGUCUUUUGGGAAGGCUGUUUAAACCCUUAUCCAGAAACACUCCUAGACAGAGAGAUUGCAUCAAUUUUAUUGAGUUGACGAUUACAUCUUUCCAAAGACUACGAAUGAACCUUUGAAAAUAUUUGUAAAUUUUGUGUGUACAGAUUUCAUUAAACACACCUCAGUGUGUAGUGUCAGUAGAUGUAGUGUCAGUUACCAGACUGUUGGAUUACACCCUGGAGGCUGUCUCCAAUGAAUCUAUUGGAAGUCUGCAUAUUCACUUCAAGCUGUGCUGGUUCAUAUUUGAUCUUUCCUGUUUGGGAAAUGGUGUAGUUUUUAUUAAAUCAAUCACAUCAAUUUUACUGAUCUUACUAUAUUUUGGAUUUGUAUAGUAUUCUGCUUUAGGGUUUAUCUGUACUGGGCUCAGCAGGUUUUGAUAACAGAAUUGAAAGGCUGAAUGUUUUGUAAAUACUCAUCUUUUUGGACAAAUUUGUAAUUAAAAAAACACCAGAGUUUAAAAGUC